AUGAGUGCUGAUGCUCAUUGCACGUUCGAUUUAUGUACAUGCCGAUUUCAUGCUAAUAUAAGCGAAAAUGGUCGACUAAAAAUUGAUUACUUUGGCGAAAUUAGACAUAAAAAAGGUGAAACACACGCUCGACCAAUACGUGGUUCUCGUCGUGAAGAAUUACAGAAAUUUACUGGGUUGGGUGUCACACCAGGUGCACUUCAUCUUCAACAACUUAAAUCAAUGUCAGUAGCUAAUAAAGAAGCAGGAAAUAGAAAUGUAGUCGGAUCUAGUCGUUCAGUAAUACGUAAAAUAUCAAGUGAAGCUAAUGUUAAAUUACGUCGAGACGAUGAUUUAGAUAAAAGUCUUCGUGAAUUAAAAGUUGAACAAGCAAAGAAAAUUUUUCCUGGUGAAGUUAUACCUGGAUAUUUACAAGAAAUAAGUACUGAUCCAUUGCGAUUAAUUUGUUUUACCGCAGGAGGUAUAGCUACUUACCAUCGCUUCGCUUCUAGUAUGCCAUUAUCAUGGGAUGCAACAGGUGGAAUUAUAAUUAAUUAUGGUAAACGAAUCUUUUAUUAUGAAUUAACGAUGUCCAGUCUUCAAAAAGGUGGUUCAUCACUUCCAAUUACGGUAAUGGUUAGUGCGUCUCAUGGUACUAUGGAUAUUGUUCAUUGGAUGAAUUGUUUUAUCGAAAAAUAUAAACAAGUCUACGGUUUUUCCAAUACAUUCCCGAAGCCACCAAUUAUUCAUUGUGAUCGUUCACCAGUUUUUCUUCUUGCCAGUAUUCAAGUCUUCAACGGUGAUGAAACUAUGAAUCGUUAUAUUGAGCGAUGCUGGCGAAUUAUUCAACGAACUGCUACCAAACGUGACUUAGAAGUAACAAUUGUACAUGCAUGUCUUGGUCAUUUUAUGAAAAACGUCAAACGGAAUGCAUCGAAAGUCUUAGGCAAAAAACAGAUCUCACUUGGAAUGUGGUUCAUGGCAUUACUUGUUAAUAGUAAUACAUUGGAUGAAAUGAUAAUUAUUUGGCGAAACAUCUGUAUUGUUCUUCUAAGUACUAAUCAAAAUGAUCAAUUUAAAAUAUCAUUAUCAACACUAUCCAAAAUGGCCGACCAGAUGAAUGGUGAUCCAGAGAAGACGAAUUUUGUUCUUCAAGGCGACAAUGAUGAUACUACACAUGAUGUUGGAACUGACGAAGACGAUCCUUUCCAUAUAGAAUCAUCAUUCAAAACAUUAUUUAUCACAAUCUAUCAACAGUCUAAAGAUUUAUUAAAGAUGUACGAUGCUUCUGAAUGGAAAGAUCUACCAGCUAAUCCAUUAUUUUCAGCAGCAUAUUUAACUCGUAUUCUUAAAUUAUACAUGCCAACAGCACCUAUUUGGAGCAAUCUUCUUCUCGGUAAUUUUGCUCAACGUUAUGGAUAUUCUUUAGAAUCGGUGGUACCACCAUGCUCAUGCCAUUUUGGUCGAACAACUGGUGUUUCUGAAUCGCAAAUGCGAGUAUUAAAAGAAGCAAUACUUAGUAAAAAGAUGUAUACAAGAAUCGAUGAAGUUAUUAGCAAAUUAGGAGAAACAAUUGAAGCAGUGGAAAUUCAGUUUGCCGAUUUCAUAUUGAUAAAAAGAACAAAAAGUCGAUUACUGCCUGCGAAAAAACAGAAAAAAAUUGAAGAACCAUGGAACAAACAUAAGAAGACUGGAAAACCUGCUACAGGUAUAUAUACGUCCACGACACCAUCGAUGAAUCUCAUGGCUAUGGUGAAUACACGUUUGUUAGGUCGAAAUGAUGAUGUUAAUUUAGAUGUUGGGCAACUUCCAUCGUUCGUAAAAAUUGAGAAUGCUGGUAAUACUUGUUGGUUCAAUAGUAUAUUACAAAUGUUGUUAGCAUCUGGUCAUAUUGUUGAAACAAUACGUAAAUUUCAUAUUAUUGAUAAAGAUUUAGUACCGGACAAAGUUAUGGUAUUAAACAACAUAUUAAACGCUUUCAUAUCUAAAUCUAUCAAUAGGCAUGCUAAUGGAAGACAAGUAAUUAUAAACAAAAGUUUUAUUAAAGAUCAUUUUGGAUUUCUUCGUUGGGCUGGCUUUAAUAUUGAAACUUAUAAACAAUAUUGUGUGUUCGAUUUUUUUCAAGCAGCCAUCAUACCACUUCUUUUAUUCUACAAUAUUAAUUUUCAAUAUGUUCUUGAAACAUCUAUGCAAUGCUCCUCCUGUCAAGAAAUCACUUCAAUUACUCGAGAAACAUGGAGCUAUCUUUUCGUGGAUCAAACAACAAAGGAAGAGACUAUUGAUAGUAUUAUGGCUGAUCUAUUUGGUCCAGUAUUGAAUAUGCAGUUAUGUCUUCACUGUUUAAAAAAUGAUCUUCAUCCUACAUCAAUGUCAAUAUUAAAUUGUCCGAAAAAUCUUUUUCUUCGAUUUGAUCCGCUGGUGACCAAAAAUCGAAAACGUCCUAAAUUAACAGAACAUGUAGAUUUUGCAAAAAUUUUAUCAAAUAAUGUUAUAUGCACUAGUUCAUAUUCACGUUAUACAUUACAAUCAUUUAUUCUAUUCACUGGUACAGAUGAUAAUGGACAUUAUGUGACAUAUGCGCGAUGGAAACAAGAUUGGUAUUGUCUCAAUGAUACAAAUAUUACAUUAGUGAAAUUGUCAAGUAUUUUUGAAGAUCAAGGUAAAGAUCAACCAGUUAUGAUGGCUCAUUUUACUCGGCCAUCUGAACUCGACGUAUUUUCAUCAGCAUUAUGGAACGUUUUCACAAAUUUUUCACCAAUAAAUGUAUCAUUAACACCACAUUUAUCAUUGAAUGAUGCUGCGAAUUAUUUUGCAAAACAUUAUCUCAUUGAAAAUAAUCCACUCAACUUAGUGGUUAUUAAAUUAUUCAAUUGCUCAAGUUGUAAAACAGAAACUUUUACUAUUGCUCGAAUGCAUGAAGUUUGGCAAAUGAAAAAAGAUGCAUCACAUGUUACUCAUAAAAUGAAUUCUUUUAUGUACGAAGAAAUCAAAUGUUCGUCUUGCAAAACAUCUGGAUUGACUAAUUUUGUUUUAUAUGAUAUACCACGGUUUCUUCUAUUGAAAACUGAAAGUGUUGGUAAAGAUUGUAUAAGUUUAAUUGAUGAUAUAAAUCAAAUUCGUAUUCGACCAUUUGAUACGCAUUUACCAUUCCACUAUCAUGUUCAAACAGUCUUAAUCGUACUUGAAGAAGAUGAAAUAGUUUAUUUAAGAAAGACUACCAAUGGUUAUUCAUCUUUGAAUAAAACUACUGGUCAAUUUGAAGAAUUGCGUAAUGUAUCAGCAUAUGAAACAGGUCUAGCAUCACGUUGGAUAACAUUCGUUUAUGAAACUGAUGAAAAUGUCUUCUAUCCACCAUUGAUCGAUAAAAUAACUUUUGAUCAAAGUACUUUAGCAGAAAGUGUGGAACCAGAUAUAUGGACAAUCGAUACUGUGCAAGAUCUUUUACCAACAUUUACUGACAUUUUAAGAGUCGGUCCUAUACAAAUCAAAAGAGAUGAUAUUAAACUAUUGCUGGAUAAUGAUGGUGAUAUUAAUGAUUUGAUUAUAGAUGCUCAUUUAUUUAUAACUGCAACUACAGCAACAUUUCACAAACGAGUUUUAGCGAUGGAUACUCAUACAGUAUCUGAAAUAAUUCAGAAGAAAAUAAAACACAUUAAAAAAUCAUGGUCCGAUUACGAUAUUAUUCUCUGUCCGAUCAAUCAAAAACAUCAUUGGUAUUUAGUAAUAAUUGAUCUGGAACGAAAUUUAAUAAUUGAAUAUGACUCAUUACCUACACAUGAUCUUCCACGUCAACAAAACCUACAACGUCUCAUACAUAUGAUAAACAUUCACAAUUUUUUAAAGAAUGGAACUGAUAUAGAUUUUCAAAGUGGUUGGAAACUAUCUCAACCAAGUGAAGAUUUCGACUUACAUCAAAACGAUCAACAUUCAUGUGGUGUCUAUCUUUUAACACAAGCUAAAGCAUACAUCAAUCGUGAACAACAUCAACCUAUUCCACAAGAUGAAAUCAAUCUAUAUAGACAUCAAAUAGCUGAAGAAAUACUUCGGAAAGCAGAACCAAUAUCCGAUGACAGUAUAUCAGACGUAAGUACAAGUAAUUUCCGCAUACCAGAUAACUUGACUGGAAUUCUAUUCAAUAGAUAUCCGACAUAUACGUCCCAAACACUAAUCAACGCAUCAAAAAAACAACGAAAAAAACAUCAACGAAACCGAAACAUCAACUGAAAUGAAAACAAAAGAACACUUUUUUUUUAUAAUUAAACAAAAUAAAUAAAACGAAGCCAUUCAAAAAACGACAAUAUAGAUAAUCCUCACACAAUAUAUAUCAUUUUUGUCAUUCGACUCCAAAACAGACACCAGAGUACGAUGAUCAUCAUUCUUUCGAACGCUUUUCACGACCGAUUGUCUUUCUACAAGUUUUCUAUUCAUGCUCAGCAUAAAUAUAUCCAUUGAGUGAUGUCUUACCUCUUUUUCUGACGAAAACUAAAUUCCGAAAAAAUCCACCAUAAUCUCUGAACUUACCGUCAUAACCCGAAAAUAACUAGCAUUCCUCUCUUCGUCAAGCGUUUAAAAAUCGAUUUUCCCUCUAAAGAAUCGAUCCUACUGCAGAGAAUUGAAUUCUGUAUCGAAUGAUGUAUUUGUUCUCUCUCCACAAUGGACGAUGGGCCCGCCAAAAUAUCUUGCAAUACUUCAACCAACCCUACGACUCAUGUGAGUCGGAUCUUUUUUUCCGACGCAAGGGCCUGUUCAAAACUGAAUUUCUCUAUAGCGCUGACAUGAUCUUAUAGAGAAUUGAAUUCUCUAUCGAAUGGUAUAUCCACUCUGCCGUUGCAAUAGAAACUCUAUCCACAGAAGCCGAUCCCAGUUUCGUGAGUCCUCGCUGAAAACUGUAAUCCAGAUCUUUUCUUCCUUCGGAAGCCCGCUCCAGAAAUCGAUUCCCUCUAUGGUGAAUAUUCCAUCUUGCAGAGAAUUCAAAUCUCUAUCGGAUGGUAUAUCCACACUCCCUUUGUUAUGAAAACUGUAUCCACAGGAGCCAAUGACAACUCCCAAAACCCUCCCUAAAAAGUGUGACGGAGAUCUUUGUUUCUUUCGGAAGCCCCUUGCAGAAAUCGAUUCUCUCUAUCAUGAAUAUUCCAUCUUGUAGAGAAUUAAAUUCUCUAUCCGACGGUACACGAAGUCUCCCGUUGCAAUGGACACUCUAGCCACAGGAGCCGAUGAGACUUGCGAGAAACCUCGCUGAAAAGUGCUACAGCGAUCUUUUUUUCCUGUGGAAGCCCCCUCUAGAAAUCGAUUCUCUCUAUCAUGAAUAUUCCAUCUUGUAGAGAAUUAAAUUCUCUAUCCGAUGGUAUAUCAAGUCGCCCGUUGCAAUGGAAACUCUAGCCACACUGGCCGAUGAGACUUGCGAGAACCUCGCUUAAAAGUGCCAGAGUGACUUAUUUUUCCUUCGGAAGCCCCCUCUACAAAUCGAUUCUCUCUAUCAUGAAAAUUCCAUCUUGUAGAGAAUUUAAUUCUCUAUCGGAUGGUAUAUCAAGUCUCCCGUUGCAAUGGAAACUCUAGCCACACUAGCCGAUGAGACUUGCGAGAACCUCGCUUAUAAGUGCCAGAGUGACUUAUUUUUCCUUCGGAAGCCCCC